CUGGAUGUGUCACAUGACUGGAGUCCGGAAAUAUGGCUGCUGUAUCUGUGUCUGUGUAUUUCCUAAUGUGUGUGAUCCUGCAGAUGGGAUGGUGCCAGCAACAGCAGGUGUGCCUGUCCUGCCCCGGAGAGCUGAGGAACACCUCUGAGGUCUCCCGCCACUGCUCGCUGACCCCUGGAGCGAGGAUCCUGGGCCGCUGCUGUGUUACUGACCACGCCCAGAGCCAUGUGAUUAUAGGGCUGGACCUCUGGAACUGCUCGCUCUCUCACCUGGACCCUGGAGUGCGCCUGACCGCUGCUGCCGCCGUUAUAGACAUCUCCCAGAAUCCUCUGCAGGAGCUGCCGCCUGACUUCUUCCAGGGACUCACCGGCCUGGAGUACAUAGCGCUGCCCGUAAACAUCAGCUGCCCCGGGGGCGAGGGUGCAUGGGAGAGCGCGACGGUCACCGCGGGGGCACAGAUCUGUCAGCAGCAGAGAGAUGCCUGCAACACUACUGGAGGCCAGGCUUUGCUGUGUCCAGAGAACUCGCUGUGCGCGCCUGAUGGACCAGGGUACACGCAAUGCGUCUGUGCAUCGGGGUUUAUGGGAUACAAGUGCCUGAGACAG